AUGUUGUUGUUAGUGUUAGUAUUGAUACCACUUGCCGUUACAGGCUUAGAAUUAGAUACCUGUCGAGCUCCACUUGGAAUGCAAUCAGGAGCAAUACCCGAUACUGCCAUACAAGCAAGUUCUUCAUUAGAUUCAACAUUGGGACCACAGACUGCUCGAAUUCGAUCUUCGUUACAAGGUGGCGGAUGGUGUCCCAAACGAAUAAUAAACAGUGAAAGUGAAGAAUAUCUCGAAAUUUCAUUUAACAAUUUGACAGUCAUUACAAUAAUCGAAACCCAAGGACGACAUGGCCCAUUUCCAGACGAUUAUGUUAAUUAUUAUCGACUCGAAUACAAACGUGACGAUAAUUUAUCUUGGAUAAAGUACAAAGAUUAUCGAAAAAAAGAAAUUCUCUACGGCAAUUCAAAUAAUAAUAUAGCAGAAAUGCGUGAAAUAACACCACCAAUCACAGCAACAAAAUUACGUUUCAUUCCGACAAAUAUGAUGGACAAAAAGAAAAGAAUGUGUUUGAGAUUAGAAUUGUAUGGCUGUUUAAGUUCAGAUCAUGUUAUUUCGUAUACAAUACAACAAGGUGAACAACGAACAUUUGAUAUGGAAUUUUUAGAUGACACAUAUGAUGGCGUGCAAAAAAAUGGAAUAUUGACGAACGGUAUUGGACAAUUGUUUGACGGUGAAACUGGUACAGAUGAUUAUCGUACAGAUUCACAAAGUCUCAAUAUUCGUGGAUUUGAAUGGAUUGGCUGGAAAAAUGUAUCACAACCAAUUGAUAUUGUAUUUUAUUUUGAUGAUAUACGAAAUUUUACCGAACUUCUUAUUCAUACGAAUAAUAUGUACACAAAAGAUGUUCAAGUAUUUCGUCGUAUUAACAUUAGUACAAGUUUGGAUACAAUAAAUUAUAAACAAAAUAUAAUUGUGAUCGGUUUAUCUGAGGAUAAACAUUCAGAGAAUGCACGCUAUAUUCACAUUCCAUUACAAAAUAAUGUGGCAAAAUCGAUCAAGAUAUCAUUAACAUUUGCGUCCAAAUGGAUAUUGAUUAGUGAAGUAAAAUUUCAAUCAUUCCCAAUUAAAGAUAAAUCUUUAUUGACAUUAUCCUCCACCUCACCAUCAUCAGUAACAACGGUUGUUAUACCACUUCAAUUCAUUAUUAUUCUAGCUGUCACAUUAUCAAUUAUAAUUAUAUUUAUUUUACUAUGUUUUACGGCCUUGAUAUUGAAACAUCGAAAAAAGCAAAAAUUUAAUCGUUAUGGUGAAAAGUUAAUAUUGCAAACAUGUUAUUCAGAUAAUCCAUUAAAACUACAAAUACCAGAAUUUGUUGCCUGUUGUAACUUGAAUAAAGAUACUCAGAGUUCGGGACGCAGUCAGAGUUCAUAUGGUGCCACUUCUGAUCCAUCCACAUUUACUACACCAAAAACAACGGCACGUAAAUGCAUUAUUGGUACGAUACAAGAACAAAUUCCAUUAUCUUUAUCUUCACCACCAUUAACACAAGAUACCAAUUUUUAUGCUUCAACUGAUAUUGUUGCUGUAAAUGAGACAACGCACUCAAAUACUUAUUUACGUGGUAUCUGUGGAAAUAGUCUCAUGUUUGAUUGUUUAAACCAAGGAAUGAAUCUGCAAAGAAAAAUUGAAACAAUUAAUAAUGAACAGAUACAAUUAAGUGAAACCUUUGGUAACGGGAGAUUUGGGCAGAUAUUCAUUGGUUGUAUAUUGAAUGAUCAUAAAUACGUUUUAAUACGAAAAUUGGUUAAAGUAUCAUGUUUAACACGUUCACUAUUCGAGCAAGAAACGCGUUUACUCUCAACAAUUGAACAUGAAAAUAUUGCCGGUGUCUUAUAUAAAACUCAUGAUGAUCUAUCGAUAAUGACAGAGUAUACUGAUCUGGGUGAUCUCUGUUUAUUGAUGCAUCGAAUUAGUCAAAAUGAUAGAACAGCACGAUUAGAUCACAGUGCAACAUUAUUUAUUACAUGUCAAAUAUCAUCAGCGAUGAGUUACCUUGAAAUGAGAAAUAUUGUACAUCGUGAUUUAGCAACUAGAAAUUGUUUAGUAUUUAAUAAUUAUUUAAUUAAACUAACAGAUUGUGCAAUGUCAUCAUCACAUUAUGCUCAUCACUACUGGAUUAUGAACGAUUCAUAUUUGCCUGUGAGAUGGAUGUCUCCUGAAACACUCACAAAUGGAGAAUAUUCAACAAAAUCUGAUCUAUGGAGUUUUGGCAUUACACUUUAUGAAAUACUAACAAUGUGUCAUACGACGUUACCAUACAGUCACUUGUCGAACGAUGAUGUUAUUCUUCAUACAAAAACAUUAACUGAUCAACAAUUGCCAAAUUUAGAUAUUUCUACUAUAUGUUCUGUUCAAUUUAAAGAACUAACCGAUCUUAUGUACGCUUGUCUGAAACGCACGAGUACCGAACGACCAUCGUUUCAAGAAAUACAUCUAUUUUUACGUCGACAAUCGUCACCUGGUAUAACAUACGCUUAA